AUGGCUACACAUGCCUUCUAUCACUACCCCCAGGCCUCUUAUCCUAUCAACAUGCCACAGAAGCCUGGCUACUACUAUCCACCCCAGCACAGCUACGGACGCGUCUCAGCAUCACCACCCGAGGCCCCGGAUAGCGCCACCACUUCCGGCGUCCCGUCGUACGAACCAUCAGCAACCUCUAGCAACUAUGCUGGCAGUGCGAGCGAUUACGAAUCCACCAGCGGUGCCGCCAGCGUGGAUCUUCUAGAUUACAUGGGCAACCGCCUGAACGGCUCAUUUGAUCCGGUGCCACUAGAUCGUAGCCUGGCAAAGCAAGCGCAAACAUCCGGCGAAUUGAACGCCAAACACCGCGAACUCCUCGAAUUGCAAGCACUCGCCCAGCGAAGAUUGGCUGGUGCACGAUCAAGCUUCGCGGAUGGUAUGAGAGCCGCAAAAGAAGUGCAGAAGGACCUGCAGUGGACGCAGAAACGCGUAGAUUCACUGAACGAACGGGCAGCACGCAAAUAUCCCGAGCAAUACCAGUCUGCCCAGCGACGGUACCCAGCUCCUAUCGACUACUAA